CUCUUCUUUAAUUAAUAAAUCAAAUAUCUCAAUAUGUUUCUAAAAAUAAAUUGAUUGAUGGAGCCUUGUUGUAUUUUUAUUUUUAAGGUUAUGUAAUGUUGAAUAUUAUAAAAAUUCAUUAAAUCCUUAAUAACAACUGUUUCAAAUAUACAUUAGUCUAGUAUUGUAUUACCGUUAAAUAAAUAUAAUUAUAUUUAUAUGAAUAUAAGCAUAUUCUAUAAUAUUUGACUACGUAAAAAUAGUAAAACUGUAUUAGUUACCUAAAGUUAUUCAAAGUUAAUAUUAGAUUUUGUUGGUAGAUGAAAAUAAUGACACGUUUCAUUGUUUUAUAACGAAAACAUUAUAUAUAGCGAUCACUUUAGAAAUCUACGUUACAAUUAUAAAUCCAAAGCAAAACAUAAGAGAUUAUCGCCGUCGAGAUCAAAUGAGAGGUAAAGCUUAUUUACAUUACAUUUUAAAUAAUUUAAUGAAUUUUUUUUCUUAGAUUUUCAAAAUAAGAGAUUAUCGUGUCAAGAUCAAAUGAAAGGUAAAACUUAUUUACACUACAUUUUAAAAAAUUUAGUGAAAUUUCUUUUGUAGAGAUUUUGAAAAUAAGAACUUGUUACAAAGUUAAAUUUUAUAAAAAAAUCGUGACAAUAAUGAUUUUUUGAUACAAGUUAUUAGAAGUCACUGAACUCAUAUCUCUACAAAUCAAGAAGAUGUUCAAUCAGUAUUCAAAUUUAGGAGUCUAAUUUUAAACUCUUUGCUAAUAAAUAUAUUUUAUAAUUAAUUAUGAUUUGAUUAAUUACAUGUAUCUUUUUCAAAGAAUUGUUAUGAACGUUAUCAUCAUUUUGUUUUGAAAUAUAUAUUUCAGUAUAUUUCAAUUCAUUUUAACUAUGUUUUGGAUUUAACGUUUUUUAAAAAAUAACUACAAGAGUUGAAUUUUGUUUGUUACUUUGAAUGUUGUCUCUUGAAAUUCCUACUUCGAAAAAUUUUAUAUGAUUAUCGUAUAUUUGGCUUUGUUCAUUGUUUAAAAAAACAUAAAAAAUAUUGUCAUUACUUACAAAGCUACAUUAAAAUAGUUAAAAUAAUUAAUUUUAAUUUAUUUAUAUCAAACCAUAUUAAUUUAAUAUUAUCAUAUUUUCUAAAAAUUAGUUAUCGUUAGGCGUGAGCAUGACAUAUAUUUUAAUUACUGUAAAACUUUCAUAAAGACUAUAAAUUUAGUGUUGUAAUUCCAUUUUCAAGAUAAAUAUUUACUUUUUUAUUUUUUUAUUUUCUUUUCUAAAGAAGAGAAUAAUUUAAUAGUAAACAUAAAUUGUAUAAGAUUUUUUUGCAUUGCGUUUCUUAGUAUCAAUACAUAAAUAAAUGUAUUUCUUCAUGACCAAAUUUUAAUUUGCAUUCUGCAAAAUAAUAGUGAGAAGCGUGUUUCCGCACUUGAAAAAUGUAAAAAGUCUUUUUCAUAUGACUAAGAAAUAUUAGAUAAAAGUAUUUAGGAAACAAAUACUGGUAAAUAUUGAAUUCUGUAACAUAAUUUUUUAAUGAAACAAAUUCUAGAUUUGGUCCAUUGAUUAAUAGAUAAUUAGAUUUACAUGCAUUUAAGUAUCGAGAAAGUAAAAAAAAAUUUAUCUAUUAAUGCAUAAAUGCAUGUAUAUCUAAUUAUCAAAGAAUCAAAGGACUAAAUAUAAAAUCUGUUUCAGUAAAAUAUUAUGUUAAAAUUUUUAAGAUUUACCAGUAUUUUUUUCCUAAAUACAUUUUCCUAAUAUCUUUUAGUCCUGUGAAAAAAGAUUUUUACUCAAGUACGAAAACACGUCGAUGCAUGUAUAGGAUAGUAUAAUCUUAUUAAAAAAUAUUUAUAGCCUAGAAAAUUUAAUAAAAAGGAAUGUAUAUUUAUUUGAACAAAAAACUAGUGUAUAUGUAUUUAGUUAUCUACUUGAAUUUUAAUUAAAUUUACAAAUUAUGAUUGAAAACCAAAUCUUAGAAAUUGUCCCACAUGUUUGCAAUGAUUUGUUUCAAAAUAGCUAUAACUUUUUUUGCAAAUAUAGUUUAUAUGAUCCUGAAAAAUAAAUAAUGAAAAUAAUAAAAUAAAAAAAAUAAUAAAUAAUAAAUAACAAAAUAAUAAAAAUUUAAAAGUAAAAAAACAAUAAAAAAAUAAAAAAUUAUUUUGUCUUUCGAGAAUAUAUUUUAGACUUAUAACCAGUAGAAAAAUAAAAAAUAUUAACUACAGUCAAGAAAAAUAUUAAUCUUAUCUUUAUUGACCUGUGGUUAAUAUUUUUAUUUUUUUACUAGUCAUAAAUCUAAAAUAUAUCCUCUACCUAAAAAGACAAAAAAAAAUAAAAAUAAAAUGAAGACAAAUUUUUCAUACCCCGCCGUCCCUAUAAAAUGGCACACACGUCCAUGAACUCAAACACACAACAACAAACACAAAAAAAAAAAACACCAUGACAAGGAGGAAGGUGAAACUUGCUUUCAUCCUCAAUAACGCCUCGAGAAAAGCCACAUACAAAAAGAGGAAGAAAGGCUUGCUCAAAAAAGUGCAUGAGCUAUCCACUCUAUGUGGGAUUGCCGCUGGGGCUAUCAUUUACAGUCCCUACGAUCCUACCCCUGAGGUGUGGCCUGAUGCUGAUGGCAUCCAGCAAGUGAUUGCUGCUUUCCGGAGUCUGCCGGAACUAGACCAGCACAAGAACAUGGUCAAUCAAGAGGAGUACGUCAAACAGAGGAUAGAGAAAGCCGGAAAACUUCUGAAGAAGCAGACGAGGGACAACAGGGAGGCUCACUUCACUGAAGUCAUGUAUCAAUGUCUCAUGGGGAACAUGGGAGUGGCGGGUGCUAGAGCCAUGGAUCUUAACGAUCUAGGCUUUCUUAUUGACCAGUAUCUUCAUUGUCUUGAUCGCAGGAUUGAGACUAUACUAGGCUCGUCAAACAUGGAGAUUGGUGAAUCCUCCAAUGCUGUUGCUGCGGCUAUGGAUCAGGAUCCUUCUGAGCCGGCUGGAACAUUGCCCCUCCUGGAAGGUGCAACCGCUCCAGCCGCUGCUGUCCAUGAGGUGGGUUCUUCCUCCUCCUCUGCUGCUGCUGCGGGUGCAUCUUUCAAUCAAAUGUACCCGUUUCCUCAGAAUCAGCAGAUGUUUUAUCAACCAUCUGCCCCAUUUGCUGGAUACUACGAGCAGUCUCAUAACCAUAACCAGUUUAUGGAGAUGAUGAACCAUCCUGAGCACAUGGCUUAUGCUGCUAACCAAAUGGGGUUCCCAUAUACGGACAAUGCCCAUCACUACCGUCAGCCUAACCAGCCUCAGCCGCAGCCGCAGCAGUUCUUCCCAGGUGAGUCCUCCGCUGCUCCGCAGCGUCAGUUCUUCCCAGGUGAAUCCUCCGCUGCUCCACCACCACCCGGCACCUCAGGCAGUGAGCCACCUGCUACAGCUCCAUUUCCUCCCAAUAAUAUUUGGUUUCGUUAAGGUUUGGAGAGACGACGUUCACGUUAUGAUAAGACGACAAAGCUAUGAUUACUCUCACGUGUUUUCUUUGUGUUGCCGUUUUAUUUGAUGUUAAACGUUAUUGAAUUUGUGUGUUUUUAGUUUUUAUUGCACUACAUUUCUUGCUGUUGUUGUUUGUUUACACAGAUAUAUUUAUGUAUCAUCAUCAUUGAUCAAAAAACAAAAAAAAUUUAUGUAUCAUCUUUAUAAUUCAAUGAAAUUUAAAUUUUCUCUAGUUAAUCUCUUUUUAUAUUAGAGUUUCAAAAAAAAACUCUUUUUAUAUUAGACUUGAAGAACUGACUUGCAGUAUAUAUAUUAUUAGUUCACAUGAAAAAAUAAUAAGUAAUAAAAAGUAGUUCAUACAUUAGACUUGAAGAAUUUACGUGAAGUACAUAUAUUGUCAAAAAAUAAAAAACAAAAAAGAAAAAUAGUAAAAAACAAAUAAGAAAAAUAGUAAAAACAGAAAAAAUAAAAGGAAAAUGUCAAAAUAAUUUUAUUUUUUUUAAAACAAAACAGAAAUACAAAAAUUAAGUUCACAUGAUCCAGAUGAUUGGAUUCAGGGUUAUGGGACAUUUAGUAACAACAACAUUUUUUGUUGUUGUUGUUGUUGUUGUUGUUUUACACAGAUAUAUUUAUGUAUCAUCUUUUUAAUUCAAUAAAAUUUAAAAUUUCUCUAGUAAAUCUCUUUUAUAUUAUACUUGAAGAACUGACGUGGAGUACAUAUAUUAGUUCACAUGAAAAAUAAUAAGUAAUAAAAUAAUAGUUCAUAUAUUAGACUCGAAGAAUUUACUUGCAGUAUAUAUAUUGUCAAGAAGUCAAAUAAAAACAUAUAAGAAAAGAAUAGUAAAAAACAGAAAAAAGGAAAAUGUCAAAAUCAUUUGAUUUUUUAAAACAAAACAGAAAUACAAAAAAUUAGUUCACAUGAUCCUAGAUGAUUAGAUUCAGGGUUAUGGGACAUUGAGUAAAAAGCGGUUACCUAAUAUAUUACCAAGUUCUUGUUAGUAGAUCUAAGUUUUACAUAGCAUUUUAAUCACUGAAUAGUCUUAAUCUAUUUAGAUAGUUUCUUGAAAAAUUAUAUUUAUUAAAUAUUAAUAGAAUAGUUUAAUCUAUUUAGAUAAUUUUUGAGAAUGGAAUAUUUUCUAUUGAAUUUUAAUAAUUCAAAAUUAUAUACGUUUAUUUAAACUUGAGAGCAUGUUAUGUUAUCCUUUGACAAAUGUUUUGAAUUACUUUAACGUUGAUUUGAAUACAAAUAUGUGUUUCUUUGUAAAUAGUAAACUUUAUACAAACUUUAAUUAGUAGGUUAGUGGUAAGUAGUUGCUACUCUUUUGGGGCCGAAUCCAAAGAUAAAUUAACAUGCUUUAAUUUCUUAGAUUAUUAGAUUCAGCCCCAUAAUUAAUUUUAUGGGUUUGUUAAGAUAUUUUAUCGGAAAUUUAUUUUAUCUUUAUAAUUAGUUAAAUGGUACGUAGAAUCAAAUAGCCUUUAUCAAAGCCUUUUUUUUUUAAUAAAAUAUUGUUUUGAGGAUAAAAAAUAAUCAUAAUUUCAGAGAUUAAAACUGGCCCCAUAAUGUUGUUUUGAGAAUAAAAAAUAAAGAGCUGUUAUUUUUUCAAUAAACUAUUUGGCAACCUGUAAAACUUAUUAAACACCUGAAUAAAAUUAUUAUCCCGAGAAUUUAUUAAUUAAUAAGAUAUAAUUUAUUAAUUAUUAUUCCGAGAUGCAAUGUAUGAUAGAUUAUAGAUAUGAUUUCAUAAAUAGUCAUUUAAUCCUAAAGGCUAAGAAUAGGUAAGUGAUCUGAGUCAAUGUAGUAUGCGUCAUUCCAGCUAACGUGAUGAAUGCCUAUAAGUUUCAUACUUACUCGUAUACACACACGUCACCAGCAAUUUACCAACUUUAGUUACAAUAUGUAUCUUCAUAAAUUAUUUUUUUCACUGUUAUAAAAUUACAUUUUAAAGCUAUUAAGAUGGUAUUAUCCGAAUUAUACAAGUGAUUACAUCCUUAGUGAUGAAAAAGUCUUAGUAGCCUUUUAUGUUAUUUGAGAAAUAAUCUCAGUCUUUUGCAAAAAAAAGAAAUAAUCUCACAGUGAGGAUUCACCAAUAAAUUUUCGUUACUGAUUAGUGAUUACAUACGACGUGGCAUUACGUACAUAUCCAGGACCGGUGCAUAUAUUUCAAAAUUUGCUUAAGGCCUAAGCCAAUAUAGAAAAUAUAAAAAUAAUGAAAAUAUGUAGCGUAAGAUUUUUAAACACAGUCCAUGCACCCUAAGCAGCUUCUUAUGUUGCCUAUCCCCCCGGUCGGGCCUGCACAUAUCAUACAAUUAACAAAGGAUUUUCAUCUAAUUAAUAGCAACAUUUGCCAACUGGAAGUCAAAACACUAUUUCAUUUCAACCAUCCACAACUUUAUAAACUGACUCCUCACAAGAAGAAACAUAGAAACAUGUUAACACAUAGAAUUUGAGAAAAAUUCAAAAAAUAUGACAAUAUUGUUUGAAACUUUUGUUGUCUUUGUUUCAUAAGAUAAUAACGAUUUGACUCUGGUUAUUCCAUUGAUUUAAGGAAUAUAUACAGUUUUAGUAAAUUAAUUGAUAAAAAAUAAGAACAAUGCUCAUGUACCAUGAAAGAGAGUUUAACAUAAAUUAACAUAAAUUUAGAAUGUGGUAAGAAAUUUUAAAACAACAUUAAA